GCGGAGCCUCCCCAAAGGCGGUUCGCGUGGACCCCUGAGACCACGGCCCAGACGCAGGGUGGCUGGAGGGAAGUGAGAGGUGAACCCAGCCUGGCCUGGCGGGCGGAGGCCCUCUGUCACCCACUCUCCUGGACUGCUGAGGGCCAUGGCUGUGGCCCAGCAGCUGCGGGCUGAGAGCGACUUUCAGCAGCUUCCCGAUGACGUCGCCAUCUCAGCCAACAUUGCCGACAUCGAGGAGAAGAGGGGCUUCACCAGCCACUUCGUGUUCGUCAUCGAGGUGAAGACAAAAGGGGGCUCCAAGUACCUCAUCUACCGCCGCUACCGCGAGUUCUACGCCCUGCAGAGCAAGCUGGAGGAGCGGUACGGGCCGGACAGCAAGACCAGCCCGCUGACCUGCAGCCUGCCUGUCCUCCCAGCCAAAGUCUACGUGGGUGUGAAACAGGAGAUCGCUGAGGCCAGGAUACCUGCACUCAACGCCUACAUGAAGAGCCUCCUCAGCCUGCCCAUCUGGGUGCUGAUGGACGAGGACGUGCGGAUCUUCUUCUAUCAGUCGCCCUACGACUCAGAGCAGGUGCCCCAGGCUCUCCGCCGGCUCCGCCCGCGCACCCGGAAAGUCAAGAGUGAGUCCCUGCAAGGUGCCACCCUAGACCGCCUGGAAGCUCCAAAAGCAGAGGCCCUGUUUGACUUCACUGGGAACAGCAAACUGGAGCUGAAUCUGAAAGCUGGAGAUGUGAUCUUCCUCCUCAGUCGGGUCAACAAAGACUGGCUGGAGGGCACCGUCCGGGGAGCCACAGGCAUCUUCCCGCUGUCCUUCGUGAAGAUCCUCAAGGACUUCCCCGAGGAGGACGACCCCACCAACUGGCUGCGCUGCUAUUACUACGAGGACACCAUCAGCACCAUCAAGGACAUCGCCGUGGAGGAAGACCUGAGUAGCACUCCACUCUUCAAGGACCUGCUGGAGCUCAUGAGGCGGGAGUUCCAGAAGGAGGACAUCGCCCUGAAUUACCAGGACGCCGACGGGGACCUGGUCCGGCUGCUCUCGGACGAGGACGUGAGGCUCAUGGUGAAGCAGGCCCGAGCCCUCCCCGCGCAGAAGCGCCUCUUCCCCUGGAAGCUGCACAUCACCCAGAGGGACGACUACAAGGUCUACAACACAGUCCCCUGAGCCGGCGGUGCCCCUCCCUGGGGGCCGUGCGGGGACACCUGCGGGAACGCCCGUUUAAGAAAGACUAAACGGACCUCGCGGCGUCUGUUCACACAAAUCCGAUCGUUCGGCUUCUAACGCGUUGCCUGGCCAGAUUCACGGAGAACUCCAGCUGCUGCAAAACAACUGCCCCCUGCACGGGACACACCCCGCAAAGAGCCUCGCAAGACGGGGUGGGGGUCCCCAAUGGCCUCCCACUCUCCCCCUCCCACCCAUGACCCGGGCUGGGGCCAGAAUCCACGUGGCCUCACUUUGGAAUUGUUCUGGAACGCAGAGGAGAUGCUGCUGUUGGAACGCUGAGCCCUGGGGAGGCCCUGUGGUGGGGAGUCCGGACCGGGGGCUCUUGUGUGAGGUCAAGGCCAUGGGGGUAAGGGACGAGGUGAUCCUGGGACAGUGACAGAAGCAGAAGAAGGAAAAAGUCCCCCCACCCCAAGUACACUGUUCCCAGUUUAGGAUGAUGUGAGUCACGCAGAUUAAGAUGAAGCUUAUUGUCAAAAUCAACAAAUUUCUGUGAGUGAGAACACGCAGUAACAAUAAACAAUUGCUUUAGAGUCC